GCAGGAGGAGGCGGGAGCCCAAAGGCCUGAGUACUGGGAGGGCUGGGAGCCCAAAGUGGAGGCUUGCUCAUGGGGAGAGGGAAAGGAGACUGGGGCAGGGCAGGCAGCUGCUUCUAGGGAAGGGCUUCCAGGAUGGUGGUGUGGCCAUCAAGGCCUCCCUGCCUACCCCGCCUGCCUCCCGGGGAAUUCCGGCCUGGCCUCAAAUUCUGGCCCGCAUUCAGAGCGGGAGGCUGUACGGAGGAAGGCAACGGUGGGGCUGCCGAAGGACAGAAAGUGCACCCAGGAGGGCGGCAGGCCUGGGCCUGGGUUCCCCGUGCCCCCCGAGCGUGGACUUUGGCUCUGCAGGACGAACAGCCUGAGCCCCACCCCAGCCCCACCCCUCCUCCCCUGCCUCUCUACAGGACCAGACUGGGACUGGGAGAGCCCGAGGGGACGGAGGGUGCCCCACAGAACCGGCAUGUGGGGCUACCUGUCCCUGCUGCCCGCCUUCCUGGCCCUCUGGGGGGUCUCCGGCGUCUGGACCGUUUUUGCGAUUGCGGUGGCCAACGGGGCUGUGAACCUCACCGAAGGCUUCCCCUAUAUCAGAGCUGCAUCUUCAGCCAGCUGCUCAACAUGGGAGCUGCUCUGGCCGCCUGGAUCUGCAUUCUCCGUUACCACCAGCUCCGGGACUGGGGGGUCGGAAAGUGGCCUAAUCAGCUGAUCCUGUGGACGGGGCUCCUCUGUGCCCUGGGCACCUCGGUGGUGGGCAAUUUCCAGGUUCCGGCCCGGGGAGGGGGUGAGCGCUUCCGCUCCCCGAGUGGAGCCCCGCGUGGGAGGCUCUUUGGAUCAUCUGUGCUUGAACCCUGGGAGCAAAAGAACCAGCUGCCCACGCACCUGACCGGGGCCUUCUUUGCCUUCUUCGUGGGCAACCUCUACUUCUGGCUGCAGCUCCUCCUCUUCUGGCGCAUGCGGGGCCUGCCCCAGCCGGGGGCCCCCUGGAUCGGCCCGCUCCGCCUGGGCCUCUGCGGUCUUUGCACCAUCCUGAUGGUGGCCAUGGUCGUCCUCCACACCUGGCCCCUGCGCUCCGCGUCUGCUGCCUGCGAGUGGGCCGUGGCCAUGCUGCUGUUCACGCUCUUUGGCCUCUUUGCUGUGGACUUCUCCAGCCUGGACGGCUGUGCCCUGUCCCUCCAGCCAGGCCCCAGCCUCAGCGUCCCGCCGGCCUCUCCCGUCACCCUGCAGGUCCGGCUGUGAACACUGGUGAACAUGGGUCCUUGCCCGCCUGCCCCUGAAGUCAGGGCCACCAGGAAGCGAGAGGCCAAGGCCAGCCAGUGACCCUGCUCAAGGCUAUUUAUUAUUAUUAUUUGUUUUUGCCGCCGGUGGAGUCAGACACGGAUGGACGCAGGAUCACGCGGAACCAGAAUUCCUUCCGGAGAGCAAAUCCGUACAGAAGGUCGUGGGGAAGGGGAGGACUUAGAGGGCGAGGAAC